UCUGCGUAUGUUUUGAUGUUUGACUGACUCACGUACCAUAAUGAUAAACUUAUGGGUAAAGGAAAUAUAUGAUAUGGUUUUAUUGUAAUUAGAAGACAUCGCCAAAUCAUUUACUCUUGUAUAGCAGUAAAGUCGGAACGUUUUACCCUAGCCAGUUUGUCCACACGGGAUUAUUUUGCAACGGACUGUAUCAAAAUCAUGAUGACGAUUGAAAACAACACUGAACUGUUUCGUUUUCCUAAAAUUGACAGCAGCGCAAUACAAUAUGGCUGGGUUAGAAGUGUUGUUCAGUUGCGUCUCUAGCGCAAUAGCACGUCCUCAAGAUGUGGUUGUGUGCUUCGUUCACUGGGAAGCUGUACAAAAUGGGUACAAAUGCCUUGGUACUGGAGAUGAGCCCCGUGAUGGUGACAAGAAGUCGGAGUUGCUCCCCGCAGGCUGGAACACAAGUGGGGAAUUGUAUACACUGAGAUAUCGUUCAAAUGAUGACAAAUCAACCUUGUUGUUCAAAGCCAUAACUGUGGAUUCAACCUUAAUCUUUAACGUGAUGGAUUCGGCCACAGAGCAAAUAUCAGACUUGACAGUCAAUGUCAGUGAUUAUAUUGAUGCACAGCAUCUGCACGACUUUGAAAGGGUGUUCAAGAACACAGAGGAUUUGGCUAAUAAGGUGAAGUCCAAACUUCUUCCUCAAGUCAAGGGUGAGAGCAGUAAGAAAGCAAAGAAGAGUGAGAGGGACCCACUGGCAGACACACAGCGUGAUGAUCCUUUAAGGAUCCCCACCAGGACACCCUCCUCCUCAAGACAGCCCAACUGGUCAGACCCAUUGGCUCCAUUUGCUGCAGGAGGAGCAGAUCUUGACCCAUUUGGGGGGCGAGCUGGAGGGAUGAUAGUGGACCCGCUGCGGGCAGGGUUUCCCCGCCCAGGGUUUGACCCGUCACACGGCGUGUUGCCCCCAGGUGCCGUGCCCCCUGGAGCACGCUUCGACCCAUUUGGCCCCGUUGGGAGACGCAGACCUGGCCCAGACCCAGAUCACAUGCCUCCACCUGGAUAUGAUGACAUGUUCAUGUAAAAGGGCGGCACUUCUUCCCCUCCGCACCCUGCUUGGGACGUUGCAACCAAAGGCAGCAGACUGAAGGCACUCCUGCUAUAUGUGGUGUGUGGACUAAACGGAAACUAAUGAAAAUGGUAAAGGUAUUCCUGAGCUUUCCUGACACCGGGUCUGCACACACACUAAACCGAUGUAAACAAACCCAAACCGACUCCCCUCCUGUGUCCCCUUUUCUGUGUGGUCCAUAUGCUGAAAACAGAGGAGAGGUGGACAGAGUUGGAAGUGGGAUAGGGGUUAUUUUCUCCCAUGGCAAUUAUUUGGAAAUGCUUUGAAAUCACAUGUUUUACUUAAAGACUGUGGGCUUAUUUUAGCUCUAUUAGGGUAACAUAACAUACAAUAGAGUCAUCUAUCAAACUGUCAGUUUCUUCUCACAGACUAGCUGGUUGUUGUCAAACGUUACACAAAGCAAGUAUUUAGUGUAACGUCUCGCCUGCCUUUGCUGCUUCAGAGCCUGAUGGUCUUCUGAUUGCUUUGCUGUGAUUUAAUAAUCAUUGCCAUUGUUGUGUGGUCGGAGGAUUUCCCCCCAGUAACACAUUGUUUAUACCUUAAUUUGCUGUAAGCCUUUUUUCCAUUUGGGCUGCAUCUGUUUAAAUGCUUUCCACUCGCUGAGAGCUUCUCACUUUAGUUGAGGAACCGACCAAAACUCAUUUAAUUUAUAAGUGUAGACCUGGGCCGAACAUUAAGACAUUAUUUCGGGUUAGUAUUUUGCUUUUACAGUUUGAUUUCAUGUUUAACUUCUGACUACAACUCUGUAUUCUGUCCUUGUUUGCAAAUAAAGGACUAAUCACUAUC